CAAAACCAGAAGUCAACUCCCUCUGUCUGUCAGUGCAAGUCACAGUCGUCGUAAACACCGGAGCGAGGAGCUAACGAUGAUGCAACGGGCUUUGUUUCGCCGGGGAGCGCUGCUGGCGCAAAAGGCGGCUGUGGAGGUCUCACUGCUCCCGAUGAGCGCGCCUCUCCAGCCGCGCCUUGACCGCGCCAUGUCCUCGGUGACCAUCCCGCCCCCGGAGUGCAUGCUCCGGCCGCUCGAGGUUCCUUUCCGCUACCUGUUCGGACCAGGACCGUCCAACGUGCCUCCCCGCGUUUUAGCCGCAGGUGGUAGGGCAAUUAUCGGCCAUCUGCACCCAGAAAUGUUCGAGGUAAAUGUGUAACCCCUAUUGCUGAUAAGUUCAUUGUUUGAUAACUAUUUUUGACUUUUUGGCACCGCCAGAGGGGUUUCAUUAUCCAGCAGUUCUGUCAUUUCUAGACUACUCAGUGCGCUUAUAAAUUCAUGGUCAAUAUGAAGGAACACAUUUAGGAUAUUAUUUAUGAUUCCUAAAUUGAGAUGUGCAUGAAUAUUUAUUUUAUUUUUAUUUUAUUUUAACAAUUUAUCGAAUUAUCAAAACAAGUCAUGCAUAAUUGCGAAUGCGUCAAAUAAGCAUUUUGACACAUUUUACACUUCACAACUGAUCCAUCAACAUUUGACAAAGGAUUUGAUGAACCACUCAUAAUUAAUCUAUGUAGGCUUAGAACUACAACUGUUUUAUUCAACAAUUUGACGCGUUGCUUGUAGAUCAUGAACGACAUCAAGAAGGGGAUCCAGUACGCUUUUCAGACACAGAACAACAUGACGAUAGCAAUGAGCGGCUCCGGACACGCAGCGAUGGAGUGCGCCGUCUUCAACACCGUAGAACCCGGGGAGAGCGUGCUCGUGGCUGUCAAUGGAAUAUGGGGAGAGCGCGUGGCUGAAAUCGCCGAGAGAAUGGGUAUGUUUUACGCACGGUUUUACUCACGAGUUCAGCGGUCUCAAAACAAGACCAGCGUUUGCGGUUUGAUGUAAUUUGAGAACAUUGUUUAUGGCCUUGUAUACAUCUGUUUUGUCUGGAUGUUAGACUUUCAUCUUGCAUUAUUCCAGGUGCCAAUGUUCACACGAUGGUAAAAGCACCGGGUGGAAUUUUCAGCAAUGAAGAAAUUGAAAAGGUAAUUGUUUGUUAAUGCAUUAGGCCUACCAAAGUAGCAUUCACAUAGAGCUUGUUCAAUACAUGUUUCAAUACAGGCUCCUCGGCAACUUCAGUGUUACCAACCCUCACCUGUGACCAAUUCUACUUAUACAGUGAGCCCCAAAAGUAUUUGGACAGUGUACUCCAGCAUUUUGGAUUUUAAAUGAUACAAUGACUAUGAGGUUAAAGUGCAGACUGUCAGCUUUAAUUUGAGGGUAUUUUCAUCAAUAUUGGGUGAACCAUUUAGAAAUUCAGUGGUGUAAAGUACUUAAGUAAAAAUACUUUAAAGUACUACAUAAGUAGUUUUGGGGGGUAAAGUACAUUUACUAUAAAUAGUAAAUGUACUUUACUAUUUAUAUUUGUGAAAACUUUUACUUUUACUUUACUACAUUCCAAAAUAAAAUAAUGUACUUUUUACUCCAUACAUUUCCCUUGAUACCCAAAAGUACUCAGUACAUUCUGAAUGCUUAGCAGGACAGGAAAAUGGUCCAAUUCAUGCACGUAUCAAGAGAACAUCCCUGGUCAUCACUACUGCCUCUGAUCUGGCUGACUCACUAAACACAAAUGCUUUUUUUGUAAAUUAUGUGUGUGCCCCUGGCAAUCCAUAAAAAAAAUGGGGUGGCCACCCAAUCAAAUCUCACUUAUGGCCCCCAAAAGGCUAGAGCCAGCCAUGAUUACAGUCAUAGAGCCUAUAUAUUAAGUUCAUAUAGGCAACAUGGCAAGGGCUCUAACAAUGGAGGGCAUUUAGUGCCAAAAGUAUUUAGUUUAUUUGACUGCCUAUCUCCUGUCUAUCGAUAGGCCCUGGCCAAACACAAGCCCGUUCUGUUCUUCCUCACACAUGGAGAGUCCUCUGCUGGCCUCGCCCACCCCGUCGAUGGCAUUGGAGACCUCUGCCGCAAGUGAGACUCCGCUCCAUCUCAAAACAUACUACAGUAUAUCUCCACUGUAUUUCUCUCAGUUCACACUUCUGAUGAGACAAUGAUGACCACAGCUUCACAUUCAAGCCCUAAAUUCCUCUCUCCUCUCUCUCCUCAGACACAAUACACUGUUUCUUGUGGAUACUGUUGCAUCUCUUGGGGCAACGCCUAUUUUCAUGGACCAGCAGAGUAAGACAGCUUCAGACACCUAUUUCAUUUUCAGUAUGUCUGUCUUUGUGUAUGGGUAUAUGAUGUUGUCAUCAUUUUCUUGUCUUUGUAGAUAUUGACAUCCUGUACACUGGCUCUCAAAAGGCCUUGAAUGCACCCCCUGGCACAGCACCCAUCUCCUUCAAUGAAAGAGCAUGGUGAGGACUCUGUGUGGGUUUGUGUGCAUGUGUGUGUGUUGAAUGAGUGAGGGAAAGAAGAGGGAGAAUGAUUGAACGGAGACCAAGUGAAUGUUUGAAUUUUGAGAAAUGUGGACUGACACACUCCCUCUUGAAACCCUCAAACAGCCAAAAGAUGUUCAACAGGAAAACAAAACCAGUGUCCUAUCUCUUUGACAUGACCCACUUGUCUAACUAUUGGGGAAAUGAUGGUCAACCAGCCAGACUGUAAGUCUACAGUAUUCUCAAUGAACAGUACUUUAUUAUGAGAAAAUCUCCCAUCCUAACCGGGUGAAUUAAUAAUAAAUUAAUAACAAUCUUUCAUUUUGCCCCGUUUCAGAUAUCACCACACAGGACCAGUGUCUGGGUUAUUUUCCCUGAGGGAAAGUCUUGCUAUUCUUGCUGAGAAGGUAUAGUGGCUGUUUGUAACAAUCUUAAAAUCCUAUUGUCUUUUUCUUAUAGCCACAGUGGAGAAUGAGCUGACCAUUUGUUCCUGACGUGUGUAGUCCAUGAAUCCAGAAAUAAAAUGUCCACAUGUUUUUUGCCAUAAAAAAUAAAGUUAAAUGUAUUCCAUAUCUUGGCUACAAAAUGUUACAAAAAGUAAAUCAAAAUAAUGAGGAUAAAAAUAAGAUAUUUAAGCUGUAACGUAAGCAUUAUUGGAUCAAAAAAUCGAACAAUAUCACAGAGACAAAGGAAGCACGGUCAAAAGACAGUAUGGGCUCCAGCCAGCCAUUCCCAGUAGGCCUCUGUACCCAUGACUAUUUAAGCCAUCUCCAGCCUGCAGAGGGAGGCAUAGACACUUACAAAUGAUUAAUGUCAGUCAAACAAUAUGACAAAUAAACAGAAUGGCAUAUAAACAAUAACAGAAUUCUAAUUUAUACAAAUAACAAAACCUGCUAUUUGGCUCUUACAUACCAGCCCCUUAUUGUAUGUAAUGUGAGGCAACAAUAAUUAUCUGAACAUGUUUGCCAAAAUGUGUGGGUGUAUGCAUAGCCUUUGUUGUUGGUCAGUCCAUAAUCAUCUCAGUGGAUUCUUGCAGUAGGCUUUUGGAGACAGGACUCUUCAGUUAACCUGUUUUAGUGCCUUCUUCUGUUCACCAACCUUCCACUCUCAGGCAUGGCUGCUGUAUCCAGAUAUUCUUCCACUUUCAAAAGUCCAUCUUCUGGCACUGGAUUCAACUUGUCACUUUCUUUUUGGCUGCUAGAUGUUAUCAUUUCCAAGUCUGCCAUUUUCUCUCCAGGCCUCCAGAGGAAUCUUGGGUCACAGAUUCUCCUUUUAUUCUCCUCUGUUUGCCAUUGCUUUGUGAUACUCACGGCCAUGUAUAUCAGUCCCUUCAGUACUUUUUCAGCAAUCAACUCCACAUGGACAUUUUGUUUGCUUGGGUUACCAACACCUUCAGGAAACCAAUCACCUUUUGUCACCUUGGUUUUCUUUUGGUCCUCUUAUGCUACUGCAAAUGGAGUGUUCUGCUUGUCCAGGAUCUUUUCUCCAUUACACUUGAGAGCCUUUGGUAACUCUUCCUCUGUGGGAAAUAACAACGUCAAAUAACUUUUGAUGUCUUUAUCCCUCUUUGCCGCGUUCAAGUUGUCAGCAUGAAGCAUUUUCUUUCUUGGAGGAGUCUUAUCCUUGGAUUCCACUUUCCUCUUUUCAGGGAAAACUGCAACAACAGCUUAAUUCUGAUCGCUGACAUGUUCACUCAUUUCAUUUCCAUUUGUCUCCUUCUUGACAUGAUCAUUUUCCAUUUUAUUCUCUGACCUCUAAAUGGUCUUGACCUUUUUCUUCUCAGCAUCAGGGGAACUAGUUGUCUGUCUGCUCCUCCUGAGAGUCGUGAUCAUACUUCAUCUGCUCAACACUAUCAUCUACAACAGAAACAGUUUUUGUUAUUGUCAUUACCUCCAUCAUUGAUAUUAUUGUCCUUCACUGCCUCCUCGGGUUCUUUGGAGACAAUCUCUGUGGGGUAUGACAUCAUUUGUAGCUUUAGCUGAUGCAAAAAGAGGACCGAGCACGCCCCCAUUCUCAUCGACGGGGCUGUAGUGGAACAGGUUGAGAGCUUCAAGUUCCUUGGUGUCCACAUCACCAACGAACUAUCAUGGUCCAAACACACCAAGACAGUCGUGAAGAGGGCACGACAAAGCCUAUUCCCCCUCAGGAGACUAAAAAGAUUUGGCAUGGGUCCUCAGAUCCUCAAAAAAUUAUACAGCUGCACCAUCGAGAGCAUCCUGACUGGUUGCAUCACCGCCUGGUAUGGCAACUGCUUGGCCUCCGACCGUAAGGCACUACAGAGGGUAGUGCGUACGGCCCAGUACAUCACUGGGGCCAAGCUUCCUGCCAUCCAGGACCUCUAUACCAGGCGGUGUCAGAGGAAGGCCCUCAAAAUUGUCAAAGACUCCAGCCACCCUAGUCAUAGACUGUUCUCUCUGCUACCGCACAGCAAGCGGUACCGGAGUGCCAAGUCUAGGUCCAAAAGACUUCUCAACAGCUUCUACCCCCAAGCCAUAAGACUCCUAAACAGCUAAUCAUGGCUACACGGGCUAUUUGCACCCCCCCCAUCAUUUUACGCUUCUGCUACUCUGUUAAUUAUUUAUGCAUAGUCACUUUAACUCUACCCACAUGUACAUAUUACUUCAACUACCUCAACUAGCCGGUGCCCCCGCACAUUGACUCUGCACCGGUACCUCCCUGUAUAUAUAGCCUCCCUACUGUUAUUUUAUUUUACUUCUGCUCUUUUUUUCUCAACACUGUUUUAUUCUACUUUUUAUAUUAAAAAUAAAUGCACUGUUGGUUAAGGGCUGUAAGUAAGCAUUUCACUGUAAUGUCUGCACCUGUUGUAUUCGGCGCAUGUGGCCAAUACAAUUUGAUUUGAUUUGAUUUGCACUCUACACCUCAGAGUUGUUGUCAACUGCUUCACCACCUUCUCGGAUGGCAAACUUGCUAUGCUCUGACCUUUCAGACUUCUCCACUUUCUCACUGAAAUCAGUGUCACAGUGGCUAGUCGGGUCCUGCAGGUUGAUCAAGGAGAUCCUACUGCAUUCUCUAUGUGGACCGCUUACCACCCAAUCAUAGUAUGGUCUUGACAGCAUACGGGCCUUCUACUUGACUAUGGAUCACCUGCCAGGGCUCCAUUACUUGUGAUGCAUUUGUUCCUAUUAGCAAUCCAAUGUCAGCAUGUAUGUGUGACAGCUUAACAUCGCCCAGAUAUGGCCACUUGGACAGCUCAUCUUGUCUGGCGAUGUUUCCUUUGUCACUGGUAGGUUUUUGUGAGUGCAAACUUCAGGUAGUUUAAUGAACUUGUUGGUGUCAAGCCGACUCACCUCUGACAAGCCUUAUCUGACCCAUGGUACACAGCAGGACGUUUCUUCUUGUUCCUGUAACAUUCAGCUGCUGAGCCAGUUUGUCGGUGCAGAAUGUUGCUGAGCUACCUGGGUAUAAGAAUGCAUAUGUUAGCAAUACCUUGUUUUCUUUGCUGGAUUUCACAUGAACCGGUAUGAUGGAUAGAACAAACUCCUCUUCACCGGCUCAAUAUACCCACAUGCAUGAAGCGAAACCAGUGCACUGCUCACAGGUAUUCUGAGUGUUCCUGUUCCUCUUUUCUUUAGCUCCAUAUGAAGCACACUAAGGUGGGGUUAGUUGCACACAUUCCAUAUGAGAGGCCUACUACAGUCUCUGCUCAUGGGACCCUUGGUCAGACAACCAAAGCAGAUGCCUUUCUCCUUUAGAAAAUGUAUCUUCUCCCUGUGCAACUUCUCCUUUAGUAAUGGACAGAGUUCCAGUGUGUGACCACCACUGCAGAACAGACAGACAGAUAAACAUGGGGUUUAAAAGCUUCUAUUCACCUGGGUCUGUUGUGGUUGUUGCUUGAACCCUGACUCAGCGGUUGCUACACUGGUGGCAAAGGUGUACUUGUGGUCUAUGGGUUUUAGCCUUUACCUCUGGUUUGGCAAGGUUGGAUUUGAUGUUACCUCUGUCACGGUUGACACUUGAUUCUUGAAUGUUACCAAACACAGGGUCAAAAAAUACUGUAUCUUGACUUGUUUUUUAAUUAACUGAACCAGGUCACUGCAUUUUGCCCUGCUGCUCCGUCGCUCUUGUAGCUCACAGGCAGUGGACCUCCACCUUUCUCUUAGCUUGUAUGGAAGUUUCAUGACAAGUACUAUUAUGUUGGAUGCAAGAUCCCGUUCCUCCAUGUAAUCCAUUUCCUCCGUAGCAUUUCAGCACCCUCUGAGAUAUAAAGCAAAGGCCUGCAGUGCUUUGAGGCAUUCAGCCUUGAUGGUAAACCAACCAAGGGCCUUAUUUCUGCUGAAUGCAGAUGCCAUCUGAUAUUCAUUACCAAAUUUAUCUUUGAGCAGUUUCUUAGCUUUUGGGUAGCCUCUGUCAUGAGCCAUAUGCUGACAGCCCCUAGGCUUUCCCCUGGUGUACUGCUCAAGAAAAUACAGCCUGUCCUUAGCACUUUCUGUUCUGCUUUCAAUUACAUGUUCAAAUGAUCUGAUAAAGACCUGUACUGCAUGGGAUCUCCAACAAACACAGUGAUCUUCUGUGGCAAAGCAGAAAGAUGCUGUUUGACUAGAAUGUCAGUCAUGUCAUUUAGCCUCUUUAAGAUGUUAGAGGUUGUCAUGUUCACCAUUGUCCUGUAUGGUAGGGUUUCUUGCCUUCUCUCCCCUAUGACCUCCAUGUGAAUGGGUCGGUUCAGAAGGUCUGCCUUGGCCCUGUCCAUGUUAAUGGCCUGCAGACUUGAGUUAGGGACCUGUGCAGCUGUAUGGUCUCUCCUCUGAGCUCUGUGUGAAUUAGCUUGCCCAGAAGAUGUGUUUAGUGCAACAUGAUCUUCGUAGGCCUGCAAACCUGGACUACCGUAAACUUUCAAUUAAACGCUGAGUCUCAAAUAGCCACCUGUCCCUUUUAAUAUCCGUGAAUGGCACACAUUUCAGCAAAUAAAUGCCUGCUUCAAAUAAACAGCUCGGUCUAAAUGAAUUGUUUACGAGGUUACCAUGAAUUACUAUGAAUUGUUUACAAGGUUUAAUGUUUGAUUUGUUACAUUAAAUAAUUCAGUAACGACUCAAACAAAUUAUGGCAGUCAUCCAUUUUUAUCGCCAGUAAGAAAUUGCUGAGAACUGCUAGCUAACUGGCAAGCACAAAAACAGUCAACAACUUCGGGGAGUGCACACCCCCAUAAAUCGUCCGGUCACCAUCUAGUGGCGAAAGUAAGAACUGACGAAAAUGCACAGUCAAAGAGGAGAAUAAUUAUUGUCAAGGGUUUUUAUUUUUUUUAAUGUUAAUAGAGGCAUACUAAGACAAAAUAAAUGUGACACAGUGUGUACAUGAUAACACAGUGCAGGAAAUUAAGAAAUGUAUUAAAAUGUUGGAAGUGAAUGCUGGAAUUAAACAAUUAACUAUGCAAAUUAGCAAAAGCUGUGUGCAUUAAAGAAAUAGACGCCUUGCUCAAAUAGAAGCCUGUCUCUAAUAAGCGCCUGUUGUGUUUAGUGAUUUAAGCAAAUAAACGGCAGGCUAUUAAUUAAAGUUUUACGGUAAGCAUGUGAUUCACUGAGACCUCCAUGAGGUGCACUGAGCUCUCUAUAAUGGAAGAAUUACCUAAAUGAAUAAACCAUGUUUAGGUUUAUUCUGAUGCAGUCCUAUUAGCUAAUUACUUUGAACAUUGCUUCUAAUUCUCUAAAUACAUCAGAAAAAUGUAUUUACUACCAGCUUUGGACCAGUUUCAGGCUUACUGUGCCUGUCCAUUCAGUACCCAGUCUUUGUCUCCCCGUAGGGGCUGGAGGAGUCCUGGAGGCAACACAGGGAGGUGUCAGGGUACCUCUGGAAGGGCCUGGAAGACAUGGGGCUCAAGCUAUUCAUCCAGAACAAGGUAAAAGACUUGCCGUGCAUCUGAAAUCGCACCCUAUUCAGUGCACUACUUUUGUCCAGAUGCUAUUUGCAUAUAAAGUAAUGCAGUAUGGAAUAGAGUGCCAUUUCAGACAGAUUGUCAACAAACAAUUUACAUUUUACAAUAAUAGUGUCACUUUAACAUCCUCUGGUUUCAUGGCUCGUGCAAUUCCUUGGUCUUGAAUUUCACAGAGGUGUGUGUCUAAAUGUGAGACCGUGAUAUUUUGUACAUGCAGGACCUUAGGCUACCCUCCGUCACCACCAUUGCCAUUCCUGAGGGCUACAACUGGAGAGAGAUGCUGCAGUACAUCAUGAAGCACCACAAUAUGGAGAUGACUGGGGGCCUGGGACCCUCCGCUGGCAUGGUGAGUGUGAGGGGAAUGUUAAAGUUCUAGCUAAUUGCCUAUACAUACAGUGAGGGAAAAAAGUAUUUGAUCCCCUGCUGAUUUUGUACGUUUGCCCACUGACAAAGACAUGAUCAGUCUAUAAUUUUAAUGGUAGGUUUAUUUGAACAGUGAGAUACAGAAUAACAACAAAAAAUUCCAGAAAAACGCAUGUCAAAAUGGUUAUAAAUUUAUUUGCAUUUUAAUGAGGGAAAUAAGUAUUUGACCACCUCUCAAUCAGAAAGAUUUCUGGCUCCCAGGUGUCUUUUAUACAGGUAACGAGCUGAGAUUAGGAGCUUCUAGUGCUCCUAAUCUCAGUUUGUUACCUGUAUAAAAGACACCUGUCCACAGAAGCAAUCAAUCAGAUUCCAAACUCUCCACCAUGGCCAAGACCAAAGAGCUCUCCAAAGAUGUCAGGGACAAGAUUGUAGACCUACACAAGGCUGGAAUGGGCUACAAGACCAUCGCCAAGCAGCUUGGUGAGAAGGUGACAACAGUUGGUGCGAUUAUUCGCAAAUGGAAGAAACACAAAAUAACUGUCAAUCUCCCUCGGCCUGGGGCUCCAUGCAAGAUCUCACCUCGUGGAGUUGCAAUGAUCAUGAGAACGGUGAGGAAUCAGCCCAGAACUACACAGGAGGAUCUUGUCAAUGAUCUCAAGGCAGCUGGGACCAUAGUCACCAAGAAAACAAUUGGUAACACACUACGCCGUGAAGGACUGAAAUCCUGCAGCGCCCGCAAGGUCCCCCUGCUCAAGAAAGCACAUAUACAGGCCCGUCUGAAGUUUGCCAAUGAACAUCUGAAUGAUUCAAAGGAGAACUGGGUGAAAGUGUUGUGGUCAGAUGAGACCAAAAUGGAGCUCUUUGGCAUCAACUCAACUCGCCGUGUUUGGAGGAGGAGGAAUGCUGCCUAUGACCCCAAGAACACCAUCCCCACCGUCAAACAUGGAGGUGGAAACAUUGUGCUUUGGGGGUGUUUUUCUGCUAAGGGGACAGGACAACUUCACCGCAUCAAAGGGACGAUGGACGGGGCCAUGUACCAUCAAAUCUUGGGUGAGAACCUCCUUCCCUCAGCCAGGGCAUUGAAAAUGGGUCGUGGAUGUGUAUUCCAGCAUGACAAUGACCCAUAACACACGGCCAAGGCAACAAAGAGUGGCUCAAGAAGAAGCACAUUAAGGUCCUGGAGUGGCCUAGCCAGUCUCCAGACCUUAAUCCCAUAGAAAAUCUGUGGAGGGAGCUGAAGGUUCGAGUUGCCAAACGUCAGCCUCGAAAUCUUAAUGACUUGGAGAAGAUCUGCAAAGAGGAGUGGGACAAAAUCCCUCCUGAGAUGUGUGCAAACCUGGUGGCCAACUACAAGAAACGUCUGAACUCUGUGAUUGCCAACAAGCGUUUUGCCACCAAGUACUGAGUCAUGUUUUGCAGAGGGGUCAAAUACUUAUUUCCUUUAUUAAAAUGCAAAUCAAUUUAUAACAUUUUUUACAUGCAUUUUUCUGGAUUUUUUUGUUGUUAUUCUGUCUCUCACUGUUCAAAUAAACCUACCAUUAAAAUUAUAGACUGAUCAUGUCUGUGUCAGUGGGCAAACGUACAAAAUCAGCAGGGGAUCAAAUACUUUUUUCCCUCACUGUAAGUACUAACAUGAAUCUGUUUAUUAACCAUUGCAUUUGAUAUGGGAGUUGAAACCCUGUAUGUAGCACAAAUUGGAUGGUUAGACUACCGAUGUAGAGAAGAAAGCACCUUGUUUUUGUCAAGGCUGUCCCACUAAGCAUUUGACAUCAGGCGACAUCUUUUGGACCUCUUGUUUUGGUCCUCCAUCUUUUUUUGGUGCGGUCCGGACCGGCCUUGAUUUCAACGUCCACAGAUAUCCGGAGCGGCCUAUAUUUGGCCCAAACAUAGACAUUCAGUGGCCUCCCGAGUGGUGCAGUGGUCUAAGGCACUGCAUCGCAGUGCUAGCUGUGCCACUAGAGAUCCUGGUUCAUAGCCGGCCGCGAUCUGGAGACCCAUGGGACGGCGUACAAUUGGCCCAGCAUCAUCCAGGGUAGGGGAGGGAAUGGCUGGCAGGGAUGUAGCUCAGUUGGUAGAGCAUGGCGUUUGCAAUGCCAGGGUUGUGGGUUCGAUUCCCAUGGGGGGCCAGUAUGAAAAAAAAUAAAAAAAAUAAUGUAUGCACUCACUAACUGUAAGUCGCUCUGGAUAAGAGUGUCUGCUAAAUAACUAAAAUGUAAAAUGUUCAGAUUUGGUUAGGUCCGGCCUUGAUUUAGCCCAAACAUAGACAUCUAUAAUUGGUUCAGAUCUGAACCAAUCAUAGACAUUUAUUUUUCACAAGUUUGGACAGCACAGAAGAGUACAGCAGAGUACAGUAAAGAAAAGUAGAGUAUACUGUAUUGUACCCUACUUUACUCUAACUCUACUGAACUAAACUGUACUCUACUGAAUAAAACUUGACUGUCCUGUACCGUAUCGUACUGUACUGUGUUCUACUGUGCUCUACUGUACUGAACUAUGAUGUUCAAACUUGGUGAAACAUAGCCUAGACUAUGAUUUGCUCAGAUUUUGAUCAGGUCCACACCUUUGGCAGCAAUUACAGCCUCAAAUCCUCUUGGGUAUGACGCUACAAGCUUGGCACACCUUUAUUUGGGGGGUUUCUCCCAUUCCUCUCUGCAGAUCCUCUCAAGCUCUGUCAGGUUGGAUGGGGAGCGUUGCUAUUUUCAGGUCUCUCCAGAGAUGUUCGAUCGGGUUCAAGUCCGGGCUCUGGCUGGGCCACUCAAGGACAUUCAGAGACUUGUCCCGAAGCCACUCCUGCGUUGUCUUGGCUGUGUGCUUAGGGUCGUUGUCCUGUUGGAAGGUGAACCUUUGCCCCAGUCUGAGGUCCUGAGUGCUCUGGAGCAGGUUUUCAUCAAGGAUCUCUCUGUAUUUUGCUCCGUUCAUCUUUGCCUCGAUCCUGACUAGUUUCCCAGUCCCUGCUGCUGAAAAACAUCCCCACAGCAUGAUGCUGCCACCACCAUGAUUCACCGUUGGGAUGAUGCCAGGUUUCCUCCAGACGUGACACUUGGCAUUCAGGCCAAAGAGUUCAAUCUUGGUUUCAUCAGACCAGAGAAUCUUGUUUCUCAUGGUCAGAGUCUUUAGGUGACUUUUUUUCAAACUCCAAGCAGGCUGUCAUGUGCCUUUUACUGAGGAGUGGCUUCCGUCUGGCCACUCUACCGUAAAGGCCUGAAAGGUGGAGUGCUGCAGAGAUGAUUGUCCUUCUGGAAAGUUCUCCCAUCUCCACAGAGGACCUCUGGAGAUCUGUCAGAGUGACCAUCGGGUUCUUGGUCACCUCCCUGACCAAGGCCCUUCUCCCCCGAUUGCUCAGUUUGGCCAGCCGGCCAGCUCUAGGAAGAGUCUUGGUGGUUCCAAACUUCUUCCAUUUAAGAAUGAUGGAGGCCACUGUGUUCUUGGGGACCUUCAAUGCUGCAGACAUUUUUUGGUAUCCUUCCCCAGAUCUGUGCCUCGACACAAUCCUGUCUCGGCGCUCCAUGGACAAUUCCUUCGACCUCAUGGCUUGGUUUUUGCUCUGACAUGCACUGUCAACUGUGGGACCUUAUAUAGACAGGUGUGUGCCUUUCCAAAACAUGUCCAAUCAAUUGAAUUUACCACAGGUGGACUCCAAUCAAGUUGUAGAAACAUCUCAACGAUUAUCAAUGGAAACAGGAUUCACCUGAACUCAAUUUCGAGUCAGUAAAUUUGCAAACAUUUCUAAAAGCCUGUUUUUGCUUUGUCAUUAUGGGGUAUUGUGUGUACAUUGCUGAUAUUUUUUAAAAUAUUUUAUCAAUUUUAGAAUAAGGCUGUAACGUAACAAAAUGCGGUAAAUGUCAAGGGGUCUGAAUGCUUUCCGAAGACACCGUACAGUCAGUGCAUUCAACUAAGACAGAGAAACAACAACAUUUCACAGUCAUAGCAACCGUUACUCAGAAUGUUAUUGUAGAUGAAGUGGUCAGUUAUUUCAUUCUGUAUGUUGGACUAUUUUGAACAUUAUCGCUGCUAGUUUUAAAGCUUUUGAAAAAGCUAACAUAAGUGCAUGUGAUAGAUAGGAGCAAUAAUACAUACACUAUAUAUACAAAAGCAUGUGGACACCCCUUCAAAUUAGUGGAUUCGGCUAUUUCAGCCACACCCGUUGCUGACAGAUGUAUAAAAUCGAGCACACAGCCAUGCAAUCUCCAUAGACAAACAUUGGUAGUAGAAUGGCCUUACUGACGAGCUCAGUGACUUUCAACCUUUCCAACAAGUCAGUUCGUCAAAUUUCUGCCCUGCUAGGGUUGCCCCGGUCAACUGUAAGUGCUGUUAUUGUGAAGUGGAAACGUCUAGGAGCAACAACGGCUCAGCCGCGAAGUGGUAGGUCACACAUCUCACAGAACGGGACCGCCGAGUGCUGAAGCACGAAGCGCAUAAAAAUCGUCUGUCCUCGGUUGCAACACUCCCUACCGAGUUCCAAACUGCCUCUGGAAGCAUCGUCAGCACAAUAACUGUUUGUCGGGAGCUUCAUGAAAUGGGUUUCCAUGGCCGAGGGAAGGCCCUUUCCUGUUUCAGCAUGACAAUGCCCCCAUGCACAAAGCGAGGUCCAUACAGAAAUGGUUUGUCGAGAUCGGUGUGGAUGAACUUGACUGGCCUGCACAGAGCCUGACCUCAACCCCAUCGAACACCUUUGGGAUGAAUUGGAACUCCGACUGAGAGCCAGGCCUAAUCGGCCAACAUCAGUGCCUGACCUCACUAAUGCUCGUGGCUGAAUGGAAGCAAGUCCCUGCAGCAAUGUUCCAACAUCUAGUGGAAAGCUUUACCAAAAUAGUGGAGGCUGUUAUAGCAGCAAAGGGGGGAGCAACUCCAUAUUAAUGCCCAUGAUUUUGGAAUGAGAUGUUCGACAAGCAGGUGUCCACAUAAUUUUGGUACUGUAGUGUAUCUUGUUGCAAUCUUCCGUUGGCUGCUUUUUAAAUUUAUUUUUAUUAAGAGGUGUGAUAAACUAUUAUUGUGAUACAUACUUAAUUGACAAUGUAUAGCAGUUGAAAUUUGGCCAUAGAAUCAAUGACUGAAAAACACAUUUUCAAUGUCUGUAAAUGACAUAUUUUCAACGUCCGGAAAAUAUGUAUUUUUCCCUUUCAUUCAGCACCUAAAAUGCACCUGAUUUCAACGUCUAGAAAAUAUGUGCUUUUGACGUCCGUAUAAGACAUAUUUUCAACGUUAUUUUGCUUACUGGGGUGUCUUGAGCAAUUAUUUUAAGGUUGUAUUUCUCAUGUGAGCUCUCUCAGUGAUGUGUCCACCAUUUUGUUUCACCCCAGGUGAUACGCGUGGGUCUGAUGGGAUACAACUGCCAGAAGACCAAUGCAGACAUGGCACUGGCUGCCCUGGCCGAUGCUUUGAAGAACUGCAAAAAGAGCAAAGCAUAAAGAAGGUUUCUUAUGCCUUUUAAUACCCUAAACAAACAUGCAUUUGGCUAUGCUGGAGGACACCUGGAAUGAAUGGACAAAGGCGUCAAUCUGUGAAAGUUGUAUCACGGGUGUUUGUGAGCACAGAGAUUUUAAGCACAAAUGUGAAAAGACAGAUUCCGACAUACAUUCACGUGAAACUAAUUUCCUAAUAGAGACUUUGUAAUUAUUGUAGAUGGUAAAUGCUCUCCAGGGUAAUAAUAUAAAAUAUAUGUUUGAAAGAGUCAAUAAAAUAUAUACAAUUCUGUCAAAUGUGUCCAUUUUACCUUGCAUAUUCAGGAAAUAAUAAUAAUAAUAAUAAUUGCAGGCGCAGAUGCUCUGAUUUUAACACAAUUUGGAGCACAGUUGAGAAAAUAACAUAUUGACUAAACAAUGGACUAAUUAGAAAAAUAAAAGCAGUAUUCUUCAAUGUGUGAGAUAUGAGGUGUGUCGUGAGAAGAGGGUCAAAUGCAUGCGUCUCAUGGCCAAUACAGGAGAGUAACAUACCUAGUGAAACAGGUGAUAUGUUGUUUUUUCUUAUUUAUUUGAAUGUUUUGUGUGCGUGUUCAGUACUGUCUAAAGCCCUUAAUUAAAUGCUACCAUAAUCGAUGUGUGUCCUUCCCACAAAGGCUGUAUUGAACCCCAACAGAUCAGUUGAAUAAAAACAAAUGUAACAAUUAAAAUGAUCUAAUUGUGACGAUUUUACACCAUUAUCUCGAUAGUGUUAAGUUUAUUCUACUUAUAAAAGCUUAAUAUUAAAGGCCCAGUGUAGUCAA